CGGUGGUCAGCCAGCCCAUCUAGAUGCAUCGAAUGGUGUCUAGUACGGCCAGAGGAUCGCCAUUCAUGACAUGUCAACCGACUUGAGAAGGCCCAGAGCCGGGGCCUGCGUGACGUGCCGCUCAAGAAAACGUCGCUGCAUCCCAUCCUCCACCGGAGACGCGUGCGAACUAUGCCGAUCCCUCUCGCGACCUUGCAGUCUUAGUGUUCUGCCGGAGAGAAGAGACGUCGAUCGAGGAUACCCCCGGAAUAGCGAGGAAACUGGCUUGUCCAACGCGUCGGAUGAUUCCCCCACAGUACUGACAUCACGACAAAUAUGGAUCGAGCUGUGUCACCUUUAUUUUCGCUUUAUCCACGAUAUACCUCAUACCAUAUUCCAUGGGCCUACAUUCCUGCGCCGCCUGGAUGAAGGCACGGCCCCGAUGAUCCAUGUUUAUGCGAUGUGUGCGUUGGCUGCGAGAUUCUCCAAUAAUCCAGUUUUCGACGGGAUACCCCCCUGUGAUCGCGGAAAAGUCUUUGCCAUAGAAGCAGUUCGCCUCAGCCAACCGUACAUGAUAUCCCCGAGCUUGGAAACCGUCCAAGGCUUUCUAUUGAUCGGAUACUAUCUCAGCGGCGAGGGAAAUGUUGAUGGCAAACAUAUCUAUAUAGGAUUGGCUCGGUUACACGCGGAGAGACUGUCACUCGGUGAUAAUGCACCUGCUGUGCACCAGGAGGAACUCCGGCGGAGUUGGCUGUCAAUCCACGUGGCAAGCCAUUGGUCGGCCUGGGAUAUGGCCAUGGAGCCUUUGAGUCUACCUGAGCAGCCAGACUUUCUCCCAAAGAUUGAUGACGCGACGUUCCGCACUGUCCGCGCAGAGGUGCUGAAUGUGAGCCAUGUGCAGGAUCCUUCCGGCUGUGAUAUGUGGGCUCAGAUGGCACGCACUCUUGGUAUAUUCGCCAAAAUAAACACUCUAAUGCGACAGCUUAGCUGCGACCAGAUCGCGUUCGCUGACUACUGCGCGCAAGCAGCCGAUGUGGAACUGGCGUUGGACGGGUGGGCGGCGAACCUGCCUCCAAGACUGACGUGGAGUUUCGACAAUCUCAUGUUCCUUGCAGGAAGGAGUCUUGGUCAAAUUUACCUCGCGAUGCAUAUUGGCUACUUCCAUUUCAAACAGAUGCUGCUUUUCCCCUUCCUGGAUGCGAGAGCCGCGAGGAACUCGCGGCCAGAUCAUGCAAUCAAGUGUAAGGACAGUGCGGCGGUGGUCUCUUCUAUUCUACAGUACUCCCGGAACAUCAAGAACUGUGAAUUGGACUACUUUAUUUACGGCCAUAUUGGGGUUGUCAGCUCUUGCGUUCAUCUUCAUACCUUGCUAUUCAGCGACGACUACCGCGAACUUUCAAUGGUGCGCCAGCGUCUAGUGGCGAACUUUCAGUAUCUCAUGACCGUUAAAUCAUACUGGCCUAUUGUGGAACACUAUACUACCCAUCUGCGGACAUUCCAGAACUCCUGCAGAGACUCAAUGUCGGAUCCGUUUGUGCUUGACAACUGGAUGGCUCGUUUCCUGAUCGAACACUCUUCGCUUCUAUCGGAGAGGCAGCUGGCUCCUCAAUCCACGGAACCUGGCACGUUCAUACCGGGCGAUCCUAAAAGUAGUUCUGGAAAUGCUACGCCUGCGCGGCCUAGUAUCGAAUUUCUUACGACCCAGGGAAGCGAAAAUGAAGAGACGAUGUCGACGGAUGAUUCUGCUCAGUGGAAUGACAUUUCUCGAUUACUGCAUGACCAGGAGAUAACGGGGGAAGCCUUGAUUAACAGCGCCUUGAGCUGGCUCCUAGAUGAUCGCUACGACAGCCACCAAGUGACCCCGACAUGAGUUGUAUAAAGGACCAUAGAAAGGUAUAAAGACCAUACAAAGUUGCUACAUAUUUCACUCCUUCAGAACGAUGGACCUUCCGUGCCAUAGGUGGCUGGCCCGACCUAGGCUACAAUAAAAUAAUAAAAAAAGAUAUAGAAUUAUACUUUUUACUAAAAAGAAAG